AUGGCCAAGGACAAGGAGCGAUCCGUCAACCCUGCCGCAGCGCAGCGAAAACAAGACAAACAAAAAGAGCUGAAGAAAGGCAAAGCCGAGGCCCAGGCCCGACGAAACGAAAAACUCGCGCGCCGGAAUCCAGACCGCAUCCAGCGCCAAAUCAACGACCUGAAGGGAGCGGAAGAAGCUGGCCAAAAGCUUCGCCCACGCGACAAGGAGAUUCUCGAAGCGCUCGAAAAGGAUCUCCGUGGUGUGCUGAAGGCGCGCGAAGCUCUGGGCGAAAAAGCUCCGCGUUUCGAUCACAGAAACCAGGGUCAUGGUCAGGGUCAGGGUCAGAGCAGGUGGGGUGAGGGCGUGCUAGGGAAGCGGCAACGAGGCUCAGAUGACACACGGAUGCCUCGCGACAGCGAAAGCAGCGAUACAGACGAGGAUGUGCGACGCAUACCCAUGCCGCGCGAUACGCCACCGCCACUGCCACACCGGAAACAGGCACGGGGACCGUCAGAUGGGCGUGGACCGCACCCGCUACCAUCCCGGCCAACACCGGUCGUGGAGGCCAAGACGGUUUACGAGGCGAAGCCUGAGAUUCGGAAUCUACGACAGGAGGCUACGAACAAGUUCAUUCCAGCAGCAGUCAGGAUGAAACAGCAAUCAAUUAGGGGCCAAGGGAAAUUGUUGGAGCCAGAGGAGAUGGAUAGGCUAGAAAAAGCCGGUUAUAAUGCUGGUCCUGAGGUACGGGCUGGUGAACAGUCAUUGGAAGAGGAAGAGGAGCGAUUUAACAAGGAGCUUCGGUCUGUUCAGAUGGAGGAAGUUGAGGAUGAACAGGCAUGGGCCUAG